UUCCAACAACUCCAAAGCAGAUAACAGUUUCAGAAGCCAAGGAACAAUCAGAAGUUGAUCAAGCAACAGUUCAUGAUGAUAACUCAGAUGACGUAGAUUUGUCACUUGUGAAAACUGAGCCUGCAGAUAUUGAUGAUUAGGAGCUUCAUGUCAUUGCUGCACCACUGAAGUGAACAUUCAAUAAACUAAUUCAGUUUGGUUCAGAUUCAGAUUUUAUUUGUGACACUGUUUUUUUCCAAAUAUAUAUAUCAAUAUUUGCCGAGAUGGAAGGGAAAAUCAAAGGGAAAAUAGAGUUCCCUGAAGUUAUUGAUGUUGAUGAGAUAGAUUCGGACAAGUCGAAAGAUUCACCAGUAAAAGUGUGUGCACUUAAAGAGGUGAAAGGUGAAAGAGGAGAUAGUGUAAAGAAAGGACAUAAAGCUUAUUCUGACAUUGGACCUUGUGAAAAUAAAGUUAAAGGUGAUUUCAGUGAGCUAAAAGAUGCAAAUGCUGCAGGGAAAGGUGAAGAGAAUGAUUUGGAGGUUGAUAAUGGGGACGUUAAUAGAUCACUUGGUAAAGGAGCAAUAAUUGACAGGGAUAAUGAUGCAGAUCAUUUGGGGGGAGGUGUGUGUUUCAGUGAUGAUAAUUGUGAUAAAGCUGUGAAAUCCAGUGAGAUACCUGGUGAUGGAGUUACAUAUGUAGAGGUCAGUUCAGAUGACAGUGUUGUCAUAUAUGAUAACAUUGAUAAAAUAAGUAAAGUGGACAAUAGUGGAAAAGACAGUUUAUCAAUGGUUGAUGUGGCUAAAAGUUACAAGUUGAUGAAAUGUUCAGUUGUUGUUGAAAAGCUGAAGUUGGACUCUGACCCUUCAAAAUAUACUGUAUAUUUGAAUGAAGGCAGUCAGAAAAGGUUUGUGGAUACAGUUAGGGAGACAUUUACAGGUGGUAAUAGAAGGGGUACACAAAAUAAUGACAAAAACAUUAAAAGCACCUCGAAAGAAUCAAAUAUCAAAGCAAAAACUGAUGUGAAACCUGAUGUGGAUCUUAAUGGUGUUGAUGAUGGUGAUAUUGGACGCCAUACUGUUAGAUUGGAUAUGGAACCAGGAACAUUUGUAAAAGCUGGGAAAGUAGAUAUCCUUGUUGCUAAUGAUGAUGACAUUGUUGAUGAAAUCAAAGAACAUGAUUUGAUGUACUUGGAAGAGAACAGUGAAAUAGAAAGGAAUGUGAACAAGGAUAAUGGUAGCAAUGAUUAUGAUUACAAAGGAGAAACUGCUGGAAGUGCUUCUGGUGCCAAAAGACGACAUGAAGGAAUUAUGUCUGAUGAGGUAUUUCAAAGGAAAAGGGUUAAAGUGGUAGAUGAUUCAGACAAGGAUGUAGUGUUGAUGGAAGAUUUUCAAGUUUGUCAAAAAAUAUAUCAUAUAUCAGAUAAAGUGAAGGUAUUCAGACUAGCGAUUCAGAAGGAGACUGUGCAAAGUGGUGCAGUAGAUGAGGAAGUUGAAAAUGAAAAAGGGCAGAGUGAUCAUGAACAUGUACAUGGCAGUGAUGAUAAAUCAGAAACAGCAGGAGAAAACACUGCUUCUGAUGAGGAGGCAAAUUCAAUGGUUUGUGAUUAUUCCAAUGAAAGUGAUGUUCAGAUAGGUGCAAGUAAAAGUAGUUCUGAAGAUGACGCUGAACUAAAAGAUGGAACUGUUAAAGUAGAAGUUCAAAAAUCUGAAUCAAUUGGUGUAUCCUUGAGACCAAGAAGUAAAAUAAAGAAAAAAAGUGAUGAAGAGGUAGACUAUUUCUCUGAGACAUAUGAUAACUAUGAUAGUACAAAAAAAGCUUCAGGAAAGCCAGUAAGAACAAUAGAUCCAAAAGUGAUCAUUCAAGAGAGACAAGCUAUGGUAGACCAUCAUUUUAGUGUUUCAAAACAUAGGAAGCAAAUUGUGGCAAGGAAUCUUGUGUCGUUGCUGAAUUCUUUAAAAGCAAAGUUUGCACAAAAUAAGCAUGCUGUGGGGAUUCAAUUUGAACCAAUCUGUGUGCGAAUGUUUUGCACAGUGUUUGAUUUUGCAGAGUUUCUGAAGAUGUGGCUGGAUGGAAAUAGCAGCAUGGACGAUAAUACUGCAAAUAAUUUGUUUGAUAGGCUCAAAGUCGACUUGCUGAAAGUAUUAAAAGAUGCAGAAAUUCAACAUAAAGGAACUGAUGACUGGGAAAAGUUUCAGGUGUUCAUCACAGAAGAGGCCCUGUUGGUAUUGAGAGUUGUACUUGCAGUGCUUGAGGGGAUAUUUAAUGGAUUUCAGCUAGUGAAAGCAAAGAAACAUGGUGCUGAAGUGGUCAAGUUUGUUAUUCAUGGACAAAUAUUAAGUUUUGUUAAUUGGGAUGAUGAAUCCAAGCAGCUGACUGAUUUCGUCAUUGAAAAGCUGAAGUUUAUCCAGGAUUGGAGAGAUAGGCAAAAAAGGAAGACAUUUGAAGCCUAUGACAUGGUUGCCUACAAAGAACAGAUGAGAUUGAUAGAAAACAAUAGAAAAGAAAAAGAGCUGAAUCUACACAGAGAGAGAGAGAGAGAGAAAAAGAAAGAGAAAGAACAACAACAUAUUCUAUUGAUACCUGUAGAAAAUAAAACCCAAGAAAAUAUGACAUUGGUAAAUGUUAAACAUAAAAAAGGGAUGGACCCGGUGUUGUACGAAAAUCAAAAAAGAAUAAUGGAAAACUCUAAAAAGAGACUGAAUGAGUCCAAAGAGGAACUGAGGUUCAUUGAAAUCAAAAGAAAAGAGGUAGAGCUAGGUCAUCAUAAAGAUAAAGAUGAACAAAUGCGAUUGAUAGAAAUGAAUAGAGGACGGAUAGAGCUUGAGAUGAAUCAGUGGAAUGAUAUUGAAGACCAAAUUCAAGGGCAUGAAGUUAGUAAAGGGAAAUGGCCAAGUCUCCAGAAUUAUCAUGAGAAGCAAAGCACUGUCACAGUGAUGGGAUCGGGGAUAAAAACUGUUGAGCACAAGGGAUCGGGGAUAAAAACUGUUGAGCACAAUCAACAUUUAGAUGAACAGACAAAAGAACAAAGAAGUCAAACUCAAGAAAAGGUAUUGCAGGCUAUAAAAAAAAGAGUUCAAAAGUUGAAUGUAAUUAAAGAUACAAAAGAAGGAGAACGGAAAAAACGAAUGUAUAAGCGAAGAACACAACCAAGUUUAGACGGUUUAGGAGGAACUGAACAUGAGGACAGACAAAGCUCUAUUUUGCAACCACAAAUUGUUCCCUUUGUUGCAGCUGUAGAUGAAACAGUUGACUAUGUAGAGAUCAAGCAAGAACAAGUAAAUGAUACUGCUGAGUAUGAGGGUAAUGCAAUGGAAAGUGUUAAAAGAUCUGGUUUGGAAGACAUUGGAAUGCAGAGUACUGUGAACACAGCACAGCAAGCAGCAACUGUUGCUGAUAUUGAGUUGGGUGUUUUGAAUUCUGCAGAAACAAGACUAGUGAUUGCUCAAGUACAACAAACAAGUGAUACUACCUCUGCACCAGAAUUUAAAGUGAUGAUGUAUGUAAGAUUUUCAGAUCCAACAAACCCUCAAAGAGCAUUCAGAAUGGUUGUUCCGCUACCUAGAGACAACAGAGUGAUGGAAAACCAGCCAUCCUCUGAAUUGUCUGCUCAAAUGCCUGGACCGACUGGAAUACAGAGUGCACAGGCUCCCGGAAUCAAGGUGACAAUGAUGGUGCCUGGACUAAAUUCAGCUGGAAAUGCACAGGUGCCAGGAAAUGUAAUGACCACAACAAUUCCGGUACUGACACAAGUGGGAAGAGCUCUGGAUGCAGCUUCACCUGUUGUAACAUCCCUUAAUCAGGAGAUUCAAGUGCGGACAAGACUACCGUAUUCAAUUGCCCAGAGCAGUCCGCAAAUGAGAUAUGUGACUCAACAGUCACCAGUGGUGCAGAAAGCCAGUAUGUUAAACCCAAAUGUAGUUUUCCCUUUAAUGGUUAGUCCAGUGCCAAUCAAAGAUGCUAUUAACACCUCUAUCCCGCCACAUACACAAAUGCUUUCUGUGGCAUCCCAGCAUAUGCAACAUGCACCUAUGCCUGCAGUCCAAAUUCCUGGUUCUAAUGUACAGACAAAACCAAUGUCUUCCUCACCAGCAGUUCCAGUGAUACCAGCAGUGAAUUUUAAUAGAUAUUUAGAUCAGUCAAUGAAAAGGGUUCUUGCAGGUGAUAACGACAACUCUAAAUUCACAAUGAAAAUGCAAGAAAAUCAGUCUACCAUUCCCCCACAGAAGACAUUUGUAGUUAAGAAAGUUCCAGCUGCAGGGACUUCAACUGCCGCAGAUAGUAAUGGAGACAUGUAUGAAAAAAUUCAUCAGUUUGCUUCAGCUGAUAACGAAAUACUAGAGAAUGUGAACAAAGAGGAAAUUAUUGCGAGGCUACGAGGCUUGCUGCAUCAUGAUUUUGUAGGAUUUUAUAAUAGCGAUAUCAUUCCAGGGUACGUCUUGAGAUCAUUAGACAAUUUGCCAGAGCUUAGUUUCAGUAAUCGAGAAAUAUAUGAUUUAGCUCGUCACUUGUUGAAAGACUUGAAGUCUCGUGCAGAAAAAGAAUUCACUUCUGUCUCGAGUAUGGGAGCUUUCAAUAACUUAAUCCCAGAAGAAAGAAACAAAGCUUUGCUUAAACAUAAGAAAAAAUUGGAAGCUGAAGGCGAAUUUCUGUCAGCAUUGAUUCGCAAAGUCACGGGACUUAAUGCCUUAAAAGACCUGAUGUUGCCAAUUGAAUUACACAUGUUAAAGUCCAUGAAAGAAAAGUACCUGGAAGACAAAUGUGAGAAAGAAGAAGCUGGUGAACUUCAACCGAAAAUAGUGAAUACUUAUUCUUUAGCCCCUCUGUCUAAGGGUAUGAAGAAUGACAACACUUUUGUUGAAAAUGCUGUUGUAACAGGAGACAAUAUGAAGGACUUUGUACAGAUAAAACUGGUUUCAGCAAACACAAAUUUGAAAUCAUCGGGUGAGAUAUCUAAGAAGGUAAUGAUGUAUGUAUGCAGGGUUUGUAGUUGGGUGUAUGCUGAUAAGCCAUCAUUUCUGUGCCACUUCAAAGAGAGGCACAUGUGUGAGGAAAAGAUUGCUGUACCGGAUAUAGAACUUUUUCGCCAAUUCAUAACAGCCUUUUGCGGACUUUGUGGAAUCAGGGACCCAUAUCAUUUCAAAAUACAUUACAAUGACAAAGAAACUAAAUCGAGUGUGAGAAGUACCUGUUCAUGUGAACCGCUGAUGUUCUACUCAACGUGGCAAUUUAGGAACCACAUGCAGUACCAUAGGUACGGGGAGGCCGGGGCACCGUUUAAAUGUAACAGAUGUAUGCAGUACUUCUGGUUCAAAUCCACGUUCAAAAUGCACCUGCUUAUCACCCCAUUGUCCUGUGGACGCACCAUGAUUAAGGAUCAUGAUGAAAAUUUGGAAAGUGGCAGUUUGAAAGGGGAGAAGCAAACGGGAGUAGAAUUGCUGAGGAAACAGCUGAAAGUUUGGGGGAGGAAAAAGAAAAAGCUCGAGGAAAUGAAACAGAAAAUCGCAUGUGCAAUUGCAAAAAGAAAAAAUGAAAGGUCGACUGGAGAUAAUAGUUUAAUUGGAUCAGAGUGAGCAUUGUAUUUGGACCUUUCAACCAGUGAAACACUACAUACCGAUAAGGUGCAUGUUGGAAACGUAUUACAGUAAUAUAGCAGAAUUGCUGUAAUAUGCCUAGUGAAUAUAUAUAAAUAUAUUAUUGUUUUUACUAUUAGAUAUUGACAUUGUAUAAGCAUUUGACAAAAGCAAUUUUUUUGUAAGGAAUUUGUUCAUUUUGUUAAAAGUUAUCUGCAACAAAUAUUGUUUUUUAGUUUAUUGUAUAUAUAUAUAUAUAUAUAGUAGUCUACGGUGAUAAAUUUUUAUUAUGAUUUUUAUUUGUUCUGUAAAAAAUUUGUUAAAUAAUUGAGAACUAAUAGAAAAGAAAAACGUUUAUUGCAAAUUAAAAUUGUGCAAAAUUAUAUGAAAUCAAUUGUUGUUGGAAAGAUUCAUUAUGCAAUGUUUAUCACUCAUAUUUUCAACUAUUGGCUAUUGCCUUCUAAAGAUUUGUUACGUCUUUUAUAUAACCUAACAAUUCUAAGGAAUGAUGAAUGAAGUGAACCCUUGUAGGCUGCCCUGUUUCAUUUUGCAGGCAUAUAUAUACCGGUGUUAGGGUAUUUAAUUCUUGCACAGACUUGGUUUUCAAUGUUAGUUAAAUAUUGAUAAUAAGUUAACGCAUUUUAAUCUUGGAAAUACAUUAAUAUAUGCCAUGCCUGUAUCUCAUAGCUUGUUGUUAGUAGUUCUAACAUAAUUCGUGUGAACCUUUCACAUAAUUCUUGUGAAUCUUUAACAUAAUUCUUGGGAAUCUUCUAUCAAUUGUUUUCUGGAAAGAUGUUCAGUCAUAUUAAUGUAGCAGGCCAGUUAUUUUAGUUUUUAAAAUUAAGUCCAGAAAGGACUUUGACUUGUUUAAUACUUUGUAAAUAACUUGCGCCUCAAGUUCUACGAUGGUAAAAACAAUAGCACAAAUUUCUUUCAAUCUUCUUUUGCAAUCAAUUUUUGUGAUAUCCAAUUAUUAAUGUAUCACCAUUUGAAUACAUAUAUAUUUUCGAUGACCAGUUGAAUGUUUCCAAUGAAAUAUACCCAUGAAUUCAAAAAAUAUAGUUAAUUUUAUUUCAAAAUUUGAAUAUCGGCAAUGCUUGGCUGUAGGCCUGCCCAUGUUGUUCAGUGUUAAAAUUGAUGAAACUUUGUCAACUGAAACUUGUUAAUAACAUUCCAAGUUUGAUAACUGCAUGUUAACAAACAUGCUUUCCAAUUGCUCACUGUUCAUGUUGACAAAUUAUUGUUUUAAUAGUUUGGAACUUUAUAAAUGUAGUUUUGAAAAUACAGGUUGAAACAUUAUCCAUGUUAAUUUGUAAAUAUUAGGAUAUUGUUGUUCCAUGUUAUAUGAAGCUGUAUAUAUUACUAGUCCAUUCACAUUUUCCUGUUACGUUUCUGUUACAAUGUGUUACAUGCUAGUGUUGACAUAAUCAUGUUUCAAUUUUGUACGAAUUAUGAAUUACAGUUCAUUUUUGUAGGAAGUAUAAAUUGUGGUACAUUUUUGUAGGAAGUAAAAAUUGUGGCUCAUUUUUUGUAGGAAGUAGAAAUUGUGGCUCAUUUUUGUAGGGAGUAUAAAUUGUGGUACAUUUUUGUAGGAAGUAUAAAAUGUGGUACAUUUUUGUAGGAAGUAUAAAUUGUGGCUCAUUUUUUGUAGGAAGUAGAAAUUGUGGCUCAUUUUUUGUAGGAAGAAUAGAUUGUGGUACAUUUUUGUAGGAAGUAUAAAUUGUGGUACAUUUUUGUAGGAAGUAGAAAUUGUGGCUCAUUUUUUGUAGAAUUUUUUUGUAGGAAGUAUAAAUUGUGGUACAUUUUUGUAGGAAGUAUAGAUUGUGGUACAUUUUUAUAGAAAAUGUAAAUUGUAACUCAAUAUUUUAGAAAGUAUAAACUUUAAACCAAUUUUGUAAAAAUAAAUUUUGGAAUAAAAUAUAAAAAUGGACUAUGAAACCAGAAGGUAUUAAACUUUUUGUGUGACUGUUCAUUAGAUAGUUAAAACAGUUUCUUUACAGCAGAUCAUGCAUUAUUUUCUUUUUAUAAACAUUUAAUUGUAAAGUGUCUCAUAAAACGAGUUUGUGUGAGGGUUAAUAAUUUGGCAAAAUGAAGUUCUUUAUAUAUAUAUUAUGUAUAACUAUUGUAUGACAUACAUAUAUUAUUAUCGCAUGACAUACAUGUUUUAUUAUUGUAAUACAUAAUGUAUAAUUGUUCAAUGAAUUCUGAGUGCAACAGUGCAUAUUUUCCAAAUGCUUGCAUAUUUUCCAAAUGAAGGGUUCUGACUUAAAGCAAAAUAAUCUUGUGAUUUCAUACAGUAUUUCCAGUCUGUGUAUGAGAGGUUCUGAAAAGCUCAGUUAUCUAGUUUCUUUCAUGUACAUUUCGGAUAAGUAUGGGUUAGUACGCAAUAUAAGCGCAUGGCAGCCAUCUUAUCAACCAUCGUUUUUUAUUUGAAUCAAUUAUUUAAGGUUGUAACGAGAUAUAUUUUGAAAAACUAAAUUUGCCUGGAAAUAUUCCUCUAUGCUAUUUCAUAUGAACAAGUUAAAUCUUUAAUAUUAUUUCUCAUACUUGUUUAGUAUUCAUUUUUUUCCAUGUCAUUCUUAACUUGUAUACCGGCAUGACAUACUACACAAAAAGUAGUCUGCAUAUACACAUGCAAGUAGCGCACGGCUAGUCUGACAUCAGCUUCACCAUCUAGGCAUCUACCCUGUAUUAAUACUAUACAGUCAUGUGUAUGGACUUCUUUUAUUUCAAUUAAUAUGUUCAAGUUUGUGUGUUGGGGUUGCAUUUAUGCUAUGGUGAUAUUGAAAUCUGUUGGGUAGUAGAUAAUGCAAUAUUUGUGAUCAUGAUAAAAUCUAUUACGGUAUACAUGUAUGCUUUAAUUUUAUGAAAUUUCUUUUAUGUUUUGGAUGUGGCAAUCCUGUUCAGUAAUUCAUAGUUUGAUUUCAUGAAGAUACAUGUAUUAAUAUCUAAGUUUGUCAUAUAUUUGCCUACUUCAAGUUUUAAGAUACUUAUAAUUUCUUGGUUAUUCUUUUUCUAUUAUAUUGACUUCACUGUAUGUAUUAUGAGUUGCAUUAUUAGUCAUUUGAAUAGCACUAUUUUCAUCAUUAUUACAUGUACAUGUUUAUUUUUAUUAUCAUUUCUAUUUAGUAAAACUCUGCUUUAAAUGAAAGAACUAGAUAUUUUAAUUAAAUAUUUUCUUUAUACAUAUUAGCUGAAUUUCAUUGUUAUUUGCUUCAAGUGUUUUAGCAAACUGUUUCUAUUUACUGUUUUCAUGUUGUUAAAACUUACAGUUUUGAAUUUUAAAUAAACAAUGUAACGCUCAUUUUUCACUGGUAUGUUCUUGUAGGUCUUACAAGCAGAUUCAAAUGAAGCUAAACAUUGUGUACAUAUGUGGAUAAAAUGUAAAUAAUCA